AUGAACGCAAAUAACAGGCAAUUAGUUAAGGACAUCUACAAAAUAGGACUAGACCACAGGGAUUUCAUCAGCAUAGAAAAUCUGGAAGAAAUAUAUGAAAAGAAAAAAAAUGUAAAACUAAGGAGAAGCGAAAUUGUGUACGCAUUGAAUAUUCUAGAAAAUGCAAGAGCUUGUGCAAUAAAGAAUGAGAACAAUAAUAUUAUAACUAAGAUGAGAAGUGAAGAAGUUACAAAAAAGUUGAAAGAAUUAAGUGACAUUGACUUUUUAAUUUUUACCAAAGUGGAAAAUAGUCAAAAUAAUGGAAUUUGGACAGCUGAUUUGAGGAAACAGACCAAAUUGCUUGUUAACAAUAUUCACGUAAAAAAUCGUAAAAUGUAUAUUUUGUAUGAUUUGGAGGCCUCAGAAAAGGUCAUAGGGGGAUCAUUUUACAAGGAUGGAGAAUUCAACAAAAAGGUUGUAGAUUAUAUACGGGAGAACAUUUGCUUUUACCUGUACAACAAUAACAAUUCAAAUGUUAUUUCUGUUAUUAAUUAUGUGAAGAAGCUUAAUAACACUGUGGGGUAUUUUUCUGACAACGAUAUAUACAGAGUGAUAAAGACUUUAUUAUUUGAGGAAAAAAUAAAAAUUUAUAAAAACAAUAAUGACGAAGAAGUAAUUUAUUAUUAUAAUAAUGAGAAGAAAAACUAUUUCAACAAUUUCCCCUGCUUUUCUUGUGAUAUCUUCAAUAAGUGCAAUUCGGACACAAAAACUGCAAUAAACCCGAAAAAUUGCAUAUACCUGAAUUUUUACCUGAACUUGGAGAGCUGA